UCCCCGAGCAGGUCUCGGUGCUCUAUUUCGCCAGGAGCGCGGAGCUGGCGGGGCUGCGCUGCGAGGCCCUCUCGGUGCCGCGGCAGAUCACCGCUCUGCAGCUCUGGGAGGAGAUCGUCAAGGUUCACCCAAGGCUUGCUGUCAUCCGGGAUCAAGUAGUGUUUGCUGUUCGGCAAGAGUACGUCCUUCUUGGAGAUCAGCUCCUGGUCCUGCAGCCUGGAGACGAGGUUGCCAUCAUCCCACCAAUUAGUGGUGGCUGAAUGUGCCCAGGCUCUGUUAGACUUUCCUCCCAGGAAGGAAUCUGAUUGUGUUCAAAAACAGGUCAUUGCAUGAUAUUUGCAGUUAAUAUUCUCUUGGCAAGUCUGCUGAGAGGUGAAUUUGCCAUGGAGUCUGGCCUCUUUUCUGGUGAGCUAUGGAUGAAAGCGAAGAUGUGCCGAAAGAUCUUAUCAAGCUCAAGUCUGAAAAGCUCUCUGUAGAUGAAGUGUCAGAGCUGGUCAUUUCACCGUACUGUGGGGCAGUGUCUCUCUUCAUUGGUACUACAAGAAAUAAUUUUGAAGGGAAAAAAGUGAUUAAUUUAGAAUAUGAAGCAUAUACUUCAAUGGCAGAGACUGAAAUAAAGAAGAUCUGCAGAGAUGUUAGACAGAAAUGGCCAUCAGUCAAGCAUAUUGCAGUGCACCAUAGACUUGGUGUGGUUCCAGUAACUGAAGCAAGUGUAAUUAUUGCAGUCUCUGCUCCACACAGAGCAGAAUCCCUUGAAGCUGUCAUGUAUUGCAUCAACGCCUUAAAAGCAUCCGUCCCAAUAUGGAAAAAGGAGAUUUAUGAGGACGAAUAUUCUUGGAAAGAAAACAAGGAAUGCUUUUGGGCAAAUUCAGAAAAAUAACUGUACUCUUUUAAAAAUAAAGUGUUACUGUUCCUAAUGAGC